UUCGGCUUUCUUCUUCUCAUUUCGCCAUUGUAGCAGCAGCGGAGAGGCAGUAAACUCAAUCCCCUUCCAAAGCCCUAAAUCCUUAAACAAAUAAUGAAAAGCAAUCGAAACCGCUGAGAAAAGCAGCGAUUUCAAGAAUCAAAAAUAAAAAUUAAAAAAAUGCUAAGGAGAAGACUUGGUUCGCUACUAUCAACCGCAAUUCUCAGCAACGCAGGUCGAACCAAACUCUUUUUGGCUGCCCCAUCGAUCCCGGUCCGACCCAUUCAGGUCUUGCAGUGCCAUUAUUACCCUAAGGAAAAUGGAGGGUUUGGGUCUCUGGGUGGAAUCAGAGCGUACAGUCUACUUAGCUUGAAUGAUCUGAGACCCAAGUUACCGAGGAAGCAGAAGACCCGGAAGGGCCGUGGAAUUGGGUCCGGGAAGGGGAAGACUGCUGGUAGAGGUCAUAAGGGUCAGAAGGCCAGAGGCUCCGGAAAGCUCGGUUUCGAAGGUGGUCAGACUCCAUUACGACGCCGUUUGCCCAAGCGAGGGUUUAAGAACCCCUUUAGCCUCACGUUUCAGCCAGUCGGGUUGGGAAAGAUUGCCAAACUAAUAAAUGCAGGAAAGAUCGAUUCUUCUGAGUUGAUUACAAUGAAAACACUCAAGGAUACAGGGGCAAUAGGGAAGCAAAUAAAAGAUGGAGUGAGAUUGAUGGGCCGUGGUGCUGAGCAGAUCAAGUGGCCAAUUCAUUUGGAGGUAUCAAGGGUAACUGUUAGGGCAAAGGAAGCAGUUGAAGCUGCAGGUGGAUCUGUGAGAAGAGUGUAUUACAACAAGUUAGGUUUGCGAGCAUUGCUAAAGCCUGAGUGGUUUGAAAAGAAAGGGAGGUUGUUGCCUAAAGCAGCUAGACCUCCACCAAAGCAGAGGGAUAAAGUUGAUAGCAUCGGCCGCCUGCCAGCUCCAACCAAACCUAUUCCAUUUUUGGUUGAAGAAAAGGAGGCAGUUCCCCCUUCACUCACCUCAUAACUAAGCAAAUCAAAAUUCUUUUUUUUUUUUUUUUUUUUUUUUUUUGGUAUCAGAAUUUUGUAUUUUUAGAUGCAUUUUCAUCCCUUUAAUUGUUUUUCUGAGCUUCAUCUCGAAGAAUAUUUUGAUGAUGUGGCUAGGCCCCCAGGCACCCCUUCCCCCCCAAGACUCGAACCCCGCACAAACAGGCGUGGGUUGUAGCGCUUUGCCACUUGCGCUGCCGCUGCGAGUUGAAUAUUUACCCUGUUAUGCAUGUGUCUUCAAAAGCUUGUUACUUGAUCAUUGGACCAGUCUAUUUUUUCCUAACUUUUUGUAUGUUUGUUUAAUGUGGAGAAAAUAUAUUAGUUGAAUAACGGGAUCGUUUCUG